AUGCGGCGCGACGGCGUUCUCUGCGACGUGUUCCUGAAGGCCGCGGACGACGGCGUGGUUCCGGCGCACAAGAUCAUCCUCGCGGCCGUCUCGCCAUUCUUCCGCGCGAUGUUCGCCGGGGCGGGGGCCUCCAUGGUCGAGGGCAGAACCCAGGACAACACUAUUUCACUCAAGGGCGUGGACACCGCGGGGCUCCGCGUCGUGGUCGAAGCCAUCUACGAAGGCCAGAUCGAGCUGUCCCUCGACAACAUCGAGGCCGUCGUCGACGUCGCCUCGCAGCUCGACGUCCCCCCUGUCCUCGCGGCCAGCGUGCGGCACCUGCAGCAGACGCUCGACGAGUCGACCUGCCUGUGGUCGCUCGCGCUCGCGAGCCGCUACCACCUCGAGCCACUCCGCGAGCAGUGCCUCCUGCGCGCCAGGCGGGCGUUCUCCAGCAUCGUGCACGACGCGGAGCGCAGCGCAGCGCUUGCAGCUCUGGACCGGGACGCAGUGCGCGAGCUGCUCAUGUCCGACGACCUCAACCUCAACAGUGAAGUGGACAUUUUCCUGGCAGCAGUGCUGUGGGUGUCCGGCGACGAGGCCUCGCGGCUCGCCGAGCUUCCCGGGCUCCUCUCGACCAUCCGGUUCCCGCUCCUGCGCCCCGAAGAGGUCGAGCGCUCCAUGCUGUGCCACGCCACUGUCCGCAAGUCCCCUGACGCGACGCAGCUGCUCGAGUCAGUGCUGUCACGGGGGAUCUGCAAGCUUUACUCCCCCUCCACAGUCGCCCUGUCCUCCCACGCGGUGCUGGGCAAGGUAGCCCCGGCGCAGGCGAUCGAAAUCAAGGGCCGGCGGAGCGACGCGAGCCGACGCGAGAGCGCCGACCGCCUCCGCCGUGGCAGCGCGGGGGCGGAGAGCUGGUCGUCCGCGCAGGAGCGCGGCGAGCUCUGGGGGUCGUCCGCGCAGGCGGCGUCGCAGACAUGGGCAGCUGCGGCGCCCAAGUGGUCGAAGCACACGGACGGUGCAACGGCACCUUCAGGCGGGGCACCUGAGGCGUCGGGGGCGGUGUUGCGCGGAUCUGACGCGGAGGGCGGGGCGUCGGUGCUCGGGUCGGGCCUGCGGGUGUCUGCGGCGGACGGGGGGGGGACUCCCGCGACGCGGUGGGGGGAUGUGCAUGUGGUGGCGGAGGACUCGGUGGGGUGGCUGCCGCAGCGGACGUGCGACGUGGACGCGCUGCUGUCGGAGAUCAGGUCGCUGCCGCGGUGCAGCGUGGCGUCGGGGUUCAUGGUCACGGGGGGCUUCGAGGCUGGCUUUCGCGGGCUGAAGUCUUCUGAGAUCUAUGACGCUGCACGGGACAGCUGGCGACCUGGCCCGGACCUGCCAGUCUCACACACGUUCCUCGCGUCCGCGAGCGUCAUGGGGAUGCCGAUCGUCGUGGGCGGCUCCACGGUGUCGAGCUACGUCGCGCGCUUCAUUCCUGAUGCCUGGCGCUGGGUGCCUCUCGCACCGCUGCCCACCACGCGCGUCCAGAUGGGCGUCACCGGCUGCGGCGGCGCCGUGCUCGCGAUGGGCGGCCGCUCCGGCUGCGGCGCGGGCGUCGAGCGGCGCUGCGUGGAGGCUCUGUGCCCCCACGAAGCAGACCCGCAGUGGCGCGAGCUGCCGUCGCUGGUGGAGGCGCGCAGCGCCCUCGGAGCUGCGGCGCUGGGCAGCGCGACGUACGCGGUGGGCGGGCAGUCGGGGCGCGCGAUCCACCGCACCGUCGAGUGGCUGGACAUCGCCAGCGAUGGCGGACGGUGGGUGGUGGAGGACGCCCGCAUGGCAACAGGCCGGAAGUACCACUCGGUCGUCGCGCUGCGCGGGCGCAUUCUGGCGCUCGGGGGCAUGGACGCGCAGCGCAAGCGCCUGAGCACGGUGGAGGCGUUCGACCCGCGCGAGGGCCGCUGGCACAACCUCACCGCGAUGUCCUGCGCGCGGAGCUCCUUCGGGGCCGCGGUGGUCUCCGGCCGCGCCUACGUCGUCGGCGGCAGCGCUACUGACGAGGAGAUCCAUCGCAGCGCGGAGUGCUACGUCGAGGAGAUGGACGCGUGGCUGUCGACGGCGCCGAUGACGUUCCCGCGGUCCGCGCUGGCGACCCUGCCGAUCUGA